GGAUCCAACCCAUUUGCAGGCUGCUGCCCGACGUACAAAUCGUGCUUCGGAUACAAGCCAGAGAGGAGCUUCCGCGAGACCUGCCCCUGGCUCUCCGCUCUCUCUCCGUGUCGCCUCAGGUCAUUUCCUACCUGGAAUCUGGUGUGGCUAUUGCUGUUGUUGAACUCGUCAUAUAUGUACUGAUAGUGAAGUUGAAAUCUUUAUUCAUUCGAAGCACGUUUCUGCAAUUUUUUUGGCUAUAUUGAGAAUGGCCCACUGUCGCCGAACUCUUAUGGCAUGUUUGCAGUUUGGAGCUAUAAAUCAAAGAAGGUUGGUUCGUUAUGAGCUUUUUAAUCGCUUCUGUACUUAUUCACCGGAGCUGCCUGAUUGGUUUAAGUUCCCGCAGGGUGAGCAGUCUUGUGUGGAUUCUAAUGAUGAUUUUGUGCUCCCAACCAAAUUAGAGUUUUUGGAAGAUAGUGUGAGUAAUAGGACUCAUGAUUGCAGAACUGAUGUUAGAGUUGUGUCUCAUGAUAGCAAGGAUGUUGAUCUCGAUGAUAUUAGUAGGAUUUUAAAAUCUAAGUUUACAUCUCCUGAGGCGGUCUUUGCAGCACUUGAUCAUUGCUCUGUCAAGAUCUCGGAAGGUUUGGUCAAUACAAUUUUGAAGAGGUUUAGCAAUGACUGGGUUCCUGCAUUUGGUUUCUUCAUAUGGGCUGGUACUCAAAUAGGCUACAAACAUUCUUCUGAUUCUUAUGACAUGAUAGUUGACAUUUUAGGAAAAUCAAAGCAAUUUGAUGUGAUGUGGGGAUUGAUUGAUGAGAUGGUUCGGCUAGGGGGGUUGGUCUCAGUAACAACCAUGACAAAAGUGAUGAGAAGGCUUGCUGGAGCCUGUAGAUGGAAUGAAGCCAUAAAGACAUUUCACAACAUAGAGCAGUUUGGUGUUAAGAAAGAUACUUUAGCCAUGAACAUUCUGUUGGACACCUUAUGUAAGGAGAGGAGUAUUAAGCAUGCGAUACAUGUCUUUCUGGAGCUGAGGAAUGAGAUACCUCCUAAUGCGAGUAGUUUUAAUGUUAUAAUUCAUGGGUGGUGCAAAGCACGGAAAUUAGAAGAGGCUUGGCAGACAAUGAAGGAAAUGAGAAAAUUUGGUUUUAAUCCUUGUGUGAUUACAUAUACUAGUCUGAUUGAAGCAUAUUGUAUGGAGAAGAAUUUCAGGAUGGUUGAUGCUAUUCUUGAUGAGAUGCACACCCAUGGAUGUCCUCCAAAUAUUGUGACUUAUACUAUCAUAAUGCAUGCUUUAGGGAAGGCAAAAGAAACCCAUGAAGCUUUGAAGUUUUUUGACAAGAUGAAGAAAGAUGGUUGCACACCUGACACUUCAUUCUAUAACUCUUUAAUUUAUAUAGUAGGUAGAGCAGGAAAACUAUGUGAUGCCAAUGUCAUAUAUGAGGAGAUGUGCAAGAAGGGAAUCUCUCCAAAUGUAAAUACAUACAAUACCUUGAUUUCAACUGCCUGUGAUCACUCCCAAGAAGAGAGUGCUUUGAAGCUACUUCUGAAAAUGGAGGAAAGCUCAUGCAAGCCCAACAUUAAGACCUACACCCCCUUGCUGAAACUAUGUUGUAAGAAAAAAUGGACGAAAAUCCUCUUGUAUUUGUUGGCACAUAUGUUUAAAAAGGACAUUAGCCUUGACCUGAGCACCUAUACUCUUUUAGUACAUGGUCUAUGUCAGAAUGGAAAGUUAGAUAAGGCAAGCCUGUUUUUUGAGGAAAUGGUGUCAAAAGGUUUUAUUCCUAAAGAACACACGUACGAUAUUAUGAUCAGGGCACUGGAACGGGGGAAUAUGGAAAGAGCAAAGGCAAAGGUUCAACAAUUGAUGGUGCAGGCGCAAAGCAUGAAACAAUCUGGUCAUCAUUUUAUGGCUAAACAUCAGAUUGGAUGAAGUCCAAUUUAAUUGCUAUGAUAGAUUUCUCUGGUGUGCAA